CAAAAAACCAAUUACAAACUUAAACAUGCCUGGCCACCUUUGCAAAACAGGAAGCUAAAAUUGCUUGGCCACCUUUGCAAAGCAAGAAAAUACUACAUUCGAAAUAUAAGAUUAAUAGCAAUGGCGGUACAAACCCUAAAAUUGACUGGGGUGAUUACAUCAUGUAUUCGUGUACGUAACAGCUACUAAAUAAGAAAUCUGCAAGCCCUAAAUAUUACAGGAGGACUUAAACCUUACACUAGUUAAUUAGAAAUACGAAGCAGCAUAGGACGGGCUGUUCAAUGGUAGAGAUCUAAGUGCUAGUGUUGGAUAAACAUGAACAACAGAUCAAGAAGAAAGAGUCCUCAAACCAGCAACCAGAAGCCCCGACAAAAACAACUAGGUUUGACUAAAGAAGAAUACAAAAUGCAGCAGCAGCAAUCAUUGCAGGAGCAUCAUGACCUGCAAUAUCCAACACAGGGUCAGCAAAAUCCUGCGGCUGUCUUUGAUGAACCACCACAGCAAUUACUACCGAAUCAUCCCCUGUUGUCACAACAAUAUCUAGGACACCAUGUAUAUGGCCUCGAACAGCAGAAUUAUUUUUAUCCGUUAAUAACAGCAGAACAAGCUCGUGCUCGGACUGAUUACCAGGAAUUUCUGUGCAGACAACAACGGGAAAAGAAACUACAAAGUCUGAUAUCUUUCUUAUAUUCUGAAAACUCGUUUCUAACACCAUGGAGUUGGAAUCCUCAAGCUCCCCAAACAGAAGAAAAAAGGCCCAUGAUGUUCCAACCUGGUUCAUUCUUUAGUUACCAUACACCACCCCCGCAGGCUGAGGAGGAAGAACAUUCAAGGCAGUCCCAGAGUUCCAAACAACCCUAGAAUCAUGACAUGGCUUGGAUUCUGCCACAUCCAUCAGAUAACCUCUUAUUUUUAAUUAUUUUAAUUUACCUAUAGAGUCCUCUUGUUUUAGGAAAAUUGAUUAUUUGUUCUUUAUUAUUUGCUGAGGGGGUUUUAUUACAACUCAUCGCUCCACUUCAUAUUCAGAACAGGCGUGUAAUCCUCUUUUGCAAACACUGAAUUCAGUCUAAUUAUAUUCUCCAUAUAAGAUUGCUCUUUGUAUUUUCAGUCUGGCAUGUUUGCUAAUCAAGAUAUGCUAUAUGCUGGGGGCACGAUAAGCUUGCUUACUUUGACAAUUAGGAAAAAUGACGGUAAAAACCAUCCACUUUUUUUAGUAAUAAAUCUUGACAAAACCAUGUGGAAAGAUUGCACCUUGUAAAAUAAAGCCAUUGAAAGCAGUCAGGCGCAAGUUUUUUUCCUCUUGCAACUACCAAUCUCAGAGUUGGGGAUUGAAAACUCAAAACCCUGCUCUUCACAGAUGCUUUUAGAAGUAAUCUAUCUGAUGAUAAAAAGCCGAGUAAAUAAAUAGCUAAUUAAAACAAAUAUUCAUCACUCUGUGCUAACUCAAGGAAAACAGUUAUGGUAUAUGAUUUUGGCAAAUGUUCUGAGCUCAUUACAUGACAGAGAUCUAAUGAGCAUUCAGCAAUGUGAGAAUUCCAAUUGUUAUGCAUUUGAAAAGCCCUAAGCUCCAUCAUAGGGUUCUGAGAAAUAUCACAACUAAAAGUUCUUCAAUUAAAAAACAAAACAAACAAACAUUUAACUAACUGAAAACCUGCUCACCAAAUCCAACAAUUAUUACAUCUUAUGAUGGGUGUAUUAUUACAUGUGCCCAACUACAUCA